UUUUCUGUGUAGCGACAAAAAGGUAAACAAGUCUCUUUAAGGCGCAUUCAGCCCCAAGAUAACGUUUUCAAGAAAGAAACGGUGCGGUCCAAAGCCUCUAGUGUAACCACUGCCUCGAGGCUGAUUUAUUCCCUAAAGUUGGGAAGUGUUGGAAAAACUUGUAUUCUCAAUUUCGAGAGUGCAAGUUCUCACCGCCCCGGGGGGCAUAUGUUCAUAGCACAGCCUUAGCGAGACUUGCAAGGACUUGUCCAGAAGACCCUUUCCUGCCUCAGACGGGGCUCUCCCUGCAGCGACCCCCCAAACCUCCCCGGCGCCGGCCAGCCCCCCCACGCCCAAUCCCUCGGCGCCGCAAACCGCGUUCCCAGGGAUGUUCCGCCUGCCUCGCGGGCUCGCAGCUUCGCAUCCAGCCCCAAGAAAAACGAGUAGCCUGGUUUCCUGAGAUCUCGCCCUCAAGAGAAAUCCUAGCAGUCAUGCGGAGCCAGCCGGCUAAGUCCGCCGCCCACGCGCGCACCCCCCCGGCCGCCCCCAGAGCGCGUCCCGCGCCAGCCCAGUGGCCGAGCAGAGAAGACUCACCAGUGACAAGAGAACCCAGAUCCCGGACAUGGCUGUGCAGCAAUCGCCGAAGUGAAGGAGCCUUUCCAACCGGCACCAGGGUGAGCUACGCACCCGGACCCUGUGAAGCAGCUCCAGCCGAGAUGUGCGAGGAGGAGGACAGCACCGCCCUGGUGUGUGACAAUGGCUCUGGGCUCUGUAAGGCCGGCUUUGCGGGGGAUGAUGCUCCCAGGGCUGUUUUCCCAUCCAUCGUGGGACGUCCUCGACAUCAGGGGGUGAUGGUGGGAAUGGGACAGAAAGACAGCUACGUGGGCGAUGAAGCACAGAGCAAAAGAGGAAUCCUGACCCUGAAGUACCCGAUAGAGCACGGCAUCAUCACCAACUGGGAUGACAUGGAGAAGAUCUGGCACCACUCUUUCUACAAUGAGCUUCGUGUUGCACCUGAAGAGCAUCCAACCCUGCUCACCGAGGCACCCCUGAACCCCAAGGCCAACCGGGAGAAAAUGACCCAGAUUAUGUUUGAGACUUUCAAUGUCCCAGCCAUGUAUGUGGCUAUUCAGGCGGUGCUGUCCCUCUAUGCCUCUGGACGUACAACUGGCAUUGUGCUGGACUCUGGAGACGGUGUCACCCACAACGUGCCCAUCUAUGAGGGCUACGCCCUGCCCCACGCCAUCAUGCGUCUGGACCUGGCUGGCCGAGAUCUCACCGACUACCUCAUGAAGAUCCUGACCGAGCGAGGCUAUUCCUUCGUGACCACCGCUGAGCGUGAGAUUGUCCGGGACAUCAAGGAGAAACUGUGCUACGUAGCCCUGGACUUUGAGAAUGAGAUGGCCACCGCUGCAUCCUCCUCCUCCCUCGAGAAGAGCUAUGAGCUGCCUGAUGGGCAGGUGAUCACCAUCGGGAAUGAGCGUUUCCGCUGCCCCGAGACCCUGUUCCAGCCCUCAUUCAUCGGGAUGGAGUCUGCUGGCAUCCACGAGACCACAUACAACAGCAUCAUGAAGUGUGAUAUUGAUAUCAGGAAGGACCUCUAUGCUAACAACGUCCUCUCUGGGGGUACCACCAUGUACCCCGGCAUUGCUGACCGCAUGCAGAAAGAGAUCACGGCCCUGGCCCCCAGCACCAUGAAGAUCAAGAUCAUCGCCCCUCCCGAGCGCAAAUACUCUGUCUGGAUUGGCGGCUCCAUCCUGGCCUCCCUGUCCACCUUCCAGCAGAUGUGGAUCAGCAAACAGGAGUACGAUGAGGCCGGGCCAUCCAUCGUCCACCGCAAAUGUUUCUAAGACACUGCCCUGCUCUCUGUCUGUCUCUAUACACACUGUGAACGUUCUGUGGAAUAAUGCCUUCAAUUCUUUUCCAAAUCAUUCCUAGCCCAAUCUCUGACUCGUUACCUAUGUGUUUUUUAAUAAAUCUGAGAUGUGUUACCUGUAA